AUGAUGACAAACAACAACACUACCAGCAAUAGCAAUACCUUUAAUAAAAUGCCUAACGGUAAGCCGCCGCCACCACCACCACACGCACAUACUCUGUCUUCGUUACCACGCUACGGCAGCGCACGUCGUGAGCCGAAAAUUAACGAACGCGCUGAAAGUUCGCUCUCACACGAGCCACCCUACAGCCAGCAUCUUGCCAAUCAGAAUGGACAACGCACAACCACAGCCGAUCGUUAUUUACGCCUCACGCAGGACCAUUUCAAUCACAAUCACGGUCCCUACGGCAGUAUUGGUAGCAACAAACAUCCUAAUACGCUGAGUGGCGACCGUUCACCGCGUGAGAGCGAGUGUAAUUACAUACACAAUAACUCUCAUUACUCGCUGCCCUUGGAUCAUGCAUUGAAUGCCGUUACGCCAACUCCGACGCCUCCAGCGUUGCCAUUACGCAACGGACAGCUGAUGCCGCUUAACAGCAAUAAUACGGGCAUGCAGCGUAUCCCAGCUUACAAUAACAACAAUUGUAGUAAUGGUUAUGCUACGAUAGGCGGCGGAGGCAAUCAUUUUAGUGGUGGCGUUGCCAUUGGCGUCGGUGGCAACAACAAUAAUGGUAGUUUAAGACGUUAUCACUGAUAUACGCUUAAGGGCGGUUGGUGCGGCACAAGCCGCAGCGCCUACUAUGAGAAAUACGAAUGCGCCUAUGAACAUCCAACAACGGCAAAUCGAAAUAGCUUCGAGAUGUGUACAUUUGUGAGGCCGUAAGAUGAUUAAAUAGAACCUGCUUAGGGCUAAGAACAAGAAGGGAAAGUAAUAGAAAAUGUAAGGGACAUAAUAGAGCAAAGAUCUACAAGAAAUAGAACAUAGUUUGAAAAGACCUGGAGUUGCAAAAAAAUAGUCACUAUAAGGAUCAAUCAUAUAUUUUUAACAUAACUUUCGCGAAGUUGACAGAAAUAUGCUGCGGAAAACAGUUCUGAAGAAACAAACACUGCCGUAGAACAAAUAAAUUCCAAAGUCCACAAAAUUUUAUAUUGAAGCUACGCAAAUUACUAUAUUUUAUACAUUACUUUAUAGAUGCCAUAAAUCGAUAGUAUUGUAGUAGAAGAAGCGUUACAAAAAUAAAAACCUAGAAACCAAAUAAAGUUCGAGAGGAGUUCUAAAAAAAUAUGAGUUAAUGAUUAUGCCAAUAUGAGGACCUAACUCAUCGAAAGUCUCAGAGCUCAAAAAAAUAUCCCAAGUACAUAUAUUUCGGCUGAUCGCAAUUUUAGUGCAACUGGUUCAAAUCAGGACUGUGUGAAAAAUUGAUCUUAACAAUGUUCUAGGAGAAGGUAUUGCUGAAAGAUCCAAUAUUCAGUUACCUUAAAGCGUAUUUUUUUUAAAGGAAGGCCUCCUGGAAAUCUGUACGAAAUCAGGCACAUAUUGAUCCGUACUAAAAAUUUUUGAAUUUAGGUUUCCCAUUUAGUCCAGUUUAUGUACGUUCCUUAUAAGAGCAGAAUCCAAAAUUACAUAUUUAUUAUGGUGCUAAAUCUAGAUAAGUACUUACAUACUUUUUGAUCAGUUGCCAAUUAGUUAUACUUUCGUUUCGUCUUUUCCUGCUAAUAAGUUAAGGUUGUACAAUCUUUUAAAAUCUUGACGAUAAAAGGGGAGCCUUUCACAAUUUUCAAGUCCUUUUCCAUACAACAUCUGGGAUUUCUGAAUAACUUUAACUUAGCUACUAAAGCCAGAGAUAAAAAAUCAAUAUAAAGUGGUACGCACAUAUGUACAUACGAAUAUAAUAUUCCAAUAAAACUCGGUCAAGUGCUGCAUAUGGUCUACUAGACCCAGUUUAAUAUCAACGAGCAUAACCUUUUAGCACUUUAACGCCUCUGUAAACUAAUUCUAAGGUUAGGGCAGAUAAAUAUAUCGACAAAAAUGGUUCUAAAGGUUGCUUAUUUCUUACAAUUAAGCGUUUUUUUGCCAGGCAGGUCUUUCCACUAGUUCUUUUCUGUUCUCUGAGCGUAAUAUUUCUUCUCAUUUUCAUAUUUUAUAAGAACUAUUGAGUGCUCUAAUCCUUCUUAUUACUUUUGCCGUUCUCACGAGUCAAAUAAUCAUUUAUGCAGGAAUAUUUUGAUUGGUACAUCUUAUAACCGAAUACUAGAUACACUAUUUAAGGAUCUAUUAGUCAGUGUUGGUAUAAUAAUAACUUUUAUAAUAACAUUUCCAUGAGUUCCCAUAUGUAUUUACGAAUCCACACUGUACACAAAAGACUAAAGCCAUUGUUCAUAGCGCGUUAUUGAUCGUUGCCAUCAUCGAUAUCGCAUUAUUGUAUUCACUAGUGAUUUCUUCAAUCAUACAAAGUAGGCAGCAAUUUUCGUGAUUUGGUUUUCGUAUUAAAAACCGUUAACUUGUAGGUUUUCCACAAGCAGCUUUAGUUUAUUAGCUAUUUCCUUUUUGAUUGUAAAUUUAUCGGAUAUUUUUAUGUAUAUGUAAAUUAGCUUUAAAGCUCAAUUAAAUCGACUUGUCAACAUAAUUAGUUAACCCAAUGAUUGGCAAGGCAAUGCGUCUCCAAUAGAGACUGGUUAGCAUAUUUAUGCAUACAUACUAUAAAAUAAUGUAUAUACAUAUGUAUAUGUAUGUGCAGUUAUGUAUGAUAACGCUGUAAAUUUACUUGCAAACUCGGAAAAAUACGUGUAUUCAGGCAAAAGCAUUUUUUUGUAAUAUAACGACUAGCAUACAUAAAUUGUAAACUUUUUUCUUGCAACAUGUAUUAAAUAAUUAUAAUUUAAUUGGUUUUUAUUUGUAAAUAAAUAUAAUUGUGAUUUUAGUCAAAGCGGUUAAUUGAAAAGCACAAACACCAAAAUAUGCAUACAAGUAUGGUAGUGUGUGUAUAUACUAAAAAAAUGUUGAUGAAUCCGAAAAAAAUAGAAAACGGUAAAAAAUUAAAAAAAAAUAAAUCAAAUUAAUUGCCAUAAGAAAAUAAUUAUCGCAUAAUAUGCUACUAAGCUACGGUAGGAGACGAUAAAGUAAUUAAAAAAAUAAAAAAUGUUAAAUAAAUAAAAUAUUUCUCAUUUAUAGCGCGCAACUGUGGCGUAAAUUAUAUAAUUCGUGCAUAAACGCAUGCACACACACUUGCGUAUAUUUAUUGGCGCGUGAAAAAGACAGAAAAAUGUAUGAAUUGCGACAAUUGAUUUUCAGUGAUCUAAAUAUUAAGUUUAAAAUUAAUUAUUUGUAAAUAUUAAAAAAUAAAUUUUACAUAUGAUUAUUGAUAAUUAUAUAUACAUCUAUAUGUACAGAUAAGUUAAAAACUAUAUAAAAAAUCAAAUUAUAUUGAGAAUACUAUAAAACAUAAAUGCAAGCAAUCAUAUAAAAAUAAUUAUUUAAAAAAACACAGAUAAAAAAAAUAUAUAUAUAAAAUAUUAAUUAAAUGAAAAAAAAAUUAUGCAGCUAGCAAAGAUAUUGAACACAUAUAUUUGUAAAUAUUCAAAAACAAGCAAUAAUUCUCCGAAAUAUUACACAAAUCAAACUAGAGUAUGAGAAAAAAAUUAAAGUAAAAAAAAAAACUUUAUAUUUGUAAUUAAUUGCGAAACUUAAUAAGCAAAUAUAUAAUUGUAUUAUAUUGUACACUUCUUAAUAAUAUUGUCUUACACAAAAAAAAUGGAACGACUCAAAACUAUUACGAAUUAAAUUAUUAUUGGCAACAACUUAUGUGUUAGUCACUACAGUCAGCAACAAAGAUCUGCAAACACAAAACCAUCUAUUGAAAUUAAAAAUUUUAUUUAUUUUUAGUUUAGUAUUCUACUUAAUCCUAAUUAUGAUUUGCCCCAAUUGAUGAUAUGCUGUAUGUAUUUAUUACAACUUUUACUCUGAAAUAAAACACACAAACACGUAUACUUAUUACAAGAACCAAUAUAA